AUGGACCCGGACUUCUCGCGGGCGAGUGGGGGGCCGAGCUUUGAGUUCGCCUUUAACUCGGUCAACUUCUCCGACCGGGUGUUGCGGAUCGAGAUCGUCGCUGGGGAUGACGCCCUCGGUGCCAAGGGCGCCGCCGGCGAGGGGUGCUCGUCGCUUGCCGACUGGGCGCGCCACCGCAAGCGGCGACGGGAGGAGCUCCGACGUGGCAAAGAAUCUGGAAAAUACAUGCCAGAUCCAGGAAACUGCAAAGUUGAAGCUGAAGAAUGUGAUGCCUACGAGGAAGGCAACGAGCCUGUAGCUAUGAUAGAAGAAUCUCCACCUGAUAUUGAGCCAGAUGGUGAGGAUGGAGAAAGCAGCGACUCAUCCUGGAGUAUGGAGUGUACUCAGGUUUUGAGAGUAAAGUCUAUCUACAUCAGCUCUGCAAUUCUAGCUGCAAAGAGCCCUUUCUUUUACAAGCUUUUUUCAAAUGGAAUGAAAGAAUCCGAUCAGAGGCAUGCAGCUCUUAGAAUAAAUGCUUCAGAGGAAAAUGCGCUUAUGGAGCUUCUAAGCUUUAUGUAUAGCGGCAAGUUGACGACAAACGAGCCAACUGCCCUGCUGGAUAUAUUGAUGGUCGCUGACAAAUUUGAGGUUGUUUCCUGUAUGCGGCACUGCAGUCAAUUGCUUAGAAGUUUGCCUAUGACCACAGAGUCUGCACUGCUCUAUCUGGAUCUACCCUCAAGCAUUUCAAUGGCUGCUGCAGUUCAGCCACUGAUAGACACCGCCAAGGAAUUCCUUGCCAAUAAAUAUAAGGAUUUGACCAAGUUCCAAGAUGAAGCAAUGAACAUUCCUCUUGCUGGAAUUGAAGCCAUCCUAUGGAGUAAUGACCUUCAGGUCGCAUCAGAGGAUGCUAUCUACGACUUUGUGAUAAAGUGGGCACGUGCUCAAUACCCAAAAUUGGAGGAAAGACGUGAGAUCUUGGGCACACGCUUGCUGCCCCUUGUUCGGUUCUGCCAUAUGACCUGCAGGAAGUUGCGGAAGGUUCUUGCUUGCAGUGAUCUGGAUCAUGAGCAGGCGACUAAAUGUGUCACAGAGGCACUUCUUUACAAAGCUGAUGCACCACAUAGGCAGCGUGCCCUUGCAGCAGAUGUGAUGACAUGUAGGAAAUAUGCUGAGCGAGCUUACAAAUAUCGUCCGCUUAAGGUUGUAGAGUUUGAUAGACCAUAUCCACAGUGCAUAGCAUACUUGGACCUGAAGCGUGAGGAGUGCAGCCGACUUUUUCCAUCCGGACGGAUAUACUCACAAGCUUUCCAUCUAGCUGGACAGGGUUUCUUCCUCUCAGCACACUGCAACAUGGACCAGCAAAGUGCAUUCUAUUGUUUUGGUCUCUUCCUAGGGAUGCAAGAGAAAGGGUCGACAAGUGUUACCGUGGAUUAUGAGUUUGCUGCAAGGACAAGGCCGUCAGGUGAGUUUGUCAGCAAAUAUAAGGGCUACUAUACCUUCACUGGCGGCAAGGCGGUUGGGUACCGGAAUCUCUUUGCGAUCCCGUGGCCAUCAUUCAUGGCUGAUGACAGUCUCUUCUUCAUUGACGGGGUAUUGCAUCUAAGAGCUGAGCUGACCAUAAAACAACCCUAG